AUGUCGCCGUCGAGUACACCGCACCACACCUCCUCACUGCCCCCGUGGCACUUCCCCUUUGGCCCUUCCUCGCGCUUCCACGAGCGCGAGAAGGUCCGUCCCCAGCACUCGCGCUUCAAGAGCGCAUACACCCCCACCGCCCCGGUGUUGUCGACCGAGGCCCGCGCCCACCGCCGAGCCCACACCAACAAGAAGAGCAUCAGCAGCAUCUCGAGCACCUCCAGCCCGUCCGCGAGCGAAUACUCGCGCAGCCCGCUCUCCCGCUUCUCCAGCUCCAGCUCCGGCAAGAUGCCGAACUACAGAUACGUGAAUGUGGUGGAGCAGCCGACCACACCCGCCAAAACCUCACGUCGCGCAUCUUCCCUCCAAAACUCACCUUUCUCCGACUACUUCACCGACGACGCCCGCAGCAUCGACAGCACAGUUCCCUCCACCGAGACCAAACAACUUCUCGUCAGGAUGAACAGACUGCAGUCGCAACUCAUGCGCGACCAGUCCGAGACGGGUCGCGAGGCCAUCAAAAUGGUCGGGAAGACUCUGGAUACUCUGGAGAGGGAUCUGGCAGCGCUGUACACCCAGUCGCGCGCGCCGUUCGGAGUGGACGAGAGCGUGGAAGACUCGGCAGUCUUCAUGGACGAGGAAGAGCCCGAGAGCAAGGCCGCUCUUGCGCCCACUACCAAUGUACAAGUUGUUUCGGAGCCGUACAUGCAUGGACUGAAUCGCGGCAGCGUGGAAGAGCCGCCAGAGCCAGUCACCAUUCAGCAGUACAAGGCCGAGCGCGACUGGUUUGUCCUCAACAUGCAAGACACCCUCGAGCGGCUUCGGCAUGCGCAUACUGAACUCGGCCAGCGCUACACCGAAGUGCGCGAGGUCAACGAGUACAACAUCGCGCAGAUUGAAGAGCACGAGGCUCAGUUGGAGCAACUGCGAAUGGAGAACGAAGGGCUGCGGAGCGACUUGGGCUUCGAGUAUAGCGAACUGCUGUUUCUUAAGCUGCAGAUGAAGUCGAUGGAAGUGGAUGUCGACGCCAUGGGUGAGGAUAUGGGGAUCUCCGCAACAAGCGCCGCCGGCUCCGGAAGACAAAGCAAGAAGAAUCGCAUUCUGUCAGAGAUGGAUCGCUGGCGGUCUGACUGGCAAGACGUCUACGGCAGAUUCAAGCGGCGGAGGAGCAAGUACGGAGUAUCUCCGGAUCGGCGCGACAGCGUUUCCAGCGCCGGCACUCAGGACAUCCCCGGAAGUGGCGAAGGAGUCGAAUGGCAUCUGGAAACCGUAAAGGAAGGCCUCGGACGAGUAACAAGCCUGACUAUCCGAAGAAUGGAUGGCAGUUGUGAAUCUAUUCCCGCCGAGGCAAAGUCAGCAGACGACCUGGCAGGCUCAGAGGAAUUCACGCCGCUCCAGGACUCAAUCGCCACUCUAUCACCUUCAUCACAGCAACCAAAAGACCUAGAUGGUCAACCCCAACAAACAAUUACGCAAGGUCCCAGCGAGCCACAAAUCGCAAACCAGAAAUCUCACAUCUACACUUACGCGGAGCAAGGAACCCAGACCGAUCCACUCCGAUUAGUACUAUCGCAGGACGAGGAGAAAGAGGAGGAACAAGAGGAAAUCUACGAAGAUGAAGAUGAAGAAACUCCCAACGCAGCAGACACUACUACAAUAUUUCCUUACAACAGCAGCACCCCUCAAUCCCCACUCCCCAACCCAGCCGACGAACCAGGCCUCUCCGACGAGGAAGAAGAGGAAGAAGAAGAAGCAGAGGAAGACGACAACGACAGCGACUGCGCCAUCACCACUUCCUCUUCCUCCGAAGCCGACGAUCUCGACCGCGAAUACGACUCCGAAGACGCCAUUGACGUCGAGGAAGCCGACGAAGACGAAGGCACGAUCCUCGGCGAGAGCGUCACCAGCAUGAAACCUCCCAAGACCGCUUGGCAGGAACUCUGGGACUCCUUGGCGAACCUCUCCGGCAUGGGUGAGGAGGAUGAGGAUUGA